GUUGGGGUCAGUUUUUAGUCAGCUCUGCUCCGAGCACGUUGUGUAUUUUUUGUUGACUAGUUGCUUUAUCAAUUGAAAGCCCAAAAAAUGUCCCACUCCAUCGUUGAUUUGCGCUCGGAUACGGUAAGCCAGCCCACGGAGAAGAUGCGGGCUAGGAUGGCAUCCGCCAUAGUUGGCGAUGACGUGUACGGCGAGGAUCCCACCGUGAAUGAAUUGGAGGCGCGGACGGCGGCCAUUUUCGGCAAGGAGGCAGGACUCUUUGUGCCCAGCGGCACCAUGGGAAAUCUACUGGCAAUUAUGGUCCAUUGCCAUCGUCGAGGAACUGAGGCCCUGGUGGGCGAUUUAUCGCACAUCUUUCUGUACGAGCAAGGUGGCGCCUCUCACCUGGCCGGCGUCCAAUUAGCCACGCUGAAGAACGCACAGGACGGCACCUUCAGCCUGGAGGAGCUGCGCCGCAGGAUCCGGCACGAGGAUUGCCACGAGCCCAUCACCUCGCUGGUGGUGGUGGAGAACACCCACAACAUCUGCGGCGGCAAGGUGGUGCCGCUGGCCUUCCUUGACGAACUGGCCGCCUUGGUGCGAAAGCCUGGAGUGGGCACCGGUACAGCACGAAUUGCUCUCCACAUGGACGGAGCACGGGUCUUCAACGCCUCCGCCGCCUUGGGCGUGGGCGUGGACCGCAUCUGCCGCGACUUCGACUCCGUCUCCGUUUGCUUCAGCAAGAGCUUAUCGGCCCCCGUGGGAUCCGUGCUGGUGGGAUCCAAGGCCUUCAUUUCGGAAGCUUAUCGAUUACGCAAGGCUUUGGGAGGAGGCAUGCGGCAGGUGGGCGUGUUGGCUGCAGCAGGACUUGUGGCCUUAGAUGAAGUGGUGCCUCUACUGAGCAAGGAUCACGAGCGCACCAAGAAAAUUGCCAAAGCAAUUCACGAGCUGCAGAGUCCCAAUAUCACCGUGGACCUCGAGACUGUCCAGAGCAACAUUCUCCUGGUGGAGAUAACCCAACCCAAACUGGAGGCCAGUGAGUUUUCCGCCCGUUUGAGUACUGUAGAACCGCAAGAACUGGAAGCUGGUGUCACGGACAAAAAGGGAGCUGGAAUCGUGGUGAAGGCCAGUGCCCGGGAUUGGGCAUUCGCUCGAUUGGUGCUCUACCACCAAGUGGAUGACGAGCAGGUGGAGCUGACCAUCAGGAAGCUGAAGUACGUCAUCGGGCAGUAUGACCUGCGAUGGCCCCGUGCCUAGAAAAGUGGAAUUAUUAUUAUUAUUUUUUCAUUUCUUUUUUUUUUUUGCAUAUUACCGGAAAGACAAACACAAUUAGAUUUCGCUUUUUGUCGUUUAAUUAAAGAGAUAGAGGGAGCGAAGAAAAUGCUCAAAUUUGUAUUAUUGCCUCUUGAGUGGCUACGAGCUGCGUUUACAUUCACGCAUGACCGAACAGCGCUCCAUUGGAGCUGAUGGAC